UUGCAAAACAUGGCCGAACUUGAUGACUUUUUCGCGAAAAAGGAUAAGAAGAAGGGCAAGAACAAGACCAAGUUUGUGACUGCCGACGAAUUGGUCAAAAACCUGGAGGACAGCACCAAACGGGAAGUGGUCAAGCCAAAAAAACCCGAACAAGCAGCAGCAGCUGCAGCAGUCGAUGGCGGCGUGGCAGUAGUGGGCGAAAACGAGACCGACACCAAAGUGCCAGAGUCCGUAGCGCCCGUCGAAGAGGAGUGGAAUGAGAUCGAACCUGAGCAGCGCAAGGAUUACAGCGGGUUGAAAAUUGGCCAGCUGAGCUCAAACUCUGACAGGGAGUCCGAGGAGGCUCGGGCAGCCCGAGUUGCAGCCGCUAACGACGCUGGCAACUACGAAGAGGAUGACGAUGAUGAUAGCAAUGGCUAUGAGAACGUGCAGGUUGGAAAGAGCGGUGGUGGUAGUGGCGGUAUAAGUGGCGGCGGCGGUAAGAAAUCCUGGAAGAAACUUAUACCAGCCGAGGAUGUUACGCAAAUCCCAGUGCCGAUGGAGGUUGAAAAGUCAUCCUCAAAGCCCUAUGUUUCACCCGCGUUACGGUACAGCCAAAUCAGUGGACUUGGAAGUGGCAUUGGCGGCGGAUCGCGUGCGCGACGCACUGCUCCGGACAUCACCAAUACUGAGUUCUUCCCGACGCUCAGUGCAGCACGCCCGGAGGAACAGCGAAAGAAGAAAAACGAACCCGCCUUCGAAGAAGUCCGUCACGGCGGACGCUUUCAGCGCGUGCAGGAGCCGACAACCGCACCCGUGGCGGCUACCAAUCGAUUCCAGUCGCUCGACGAUGAAGCGGACAGCUAGGUGCCAGCUACUGCGGACGCUGUUGCUACCCCAAGAAACCGUUUUCUACCACUGUGUCCACUGCUGAGCUCGCCGCUACAUUCGGCAGCAAGUCAUUUACAAGUUCGUAGUGUUCGCACGCAUAUGUCAACUUUUUCUAGGCUUUUUGAUUCAUCUUUGCCACCUCCUGCUACUGCUACUCCUACCCCUAUACCACAUACACUAUUGUUCAUUUCGUUUUGCAUUUUUGAAGUAUGGAGUCAAUGUAACAGAAUAUGAAUAAUAGCCAUGCGUUGAAAUCCGUUUAUAAACGUUACUUUUGUAUAA